UUUAGAAAAUGGCCGAUCGGCCAGAAAUCGCCGGAUUUGUCUAUAAAAUAUUUGUCUAUAAAUUAAAAUAAUGGUUCAGAUUUAAUUCACUAAUCCAAUCUCCCUCCGUCCCAUUUCUCAUCAUCGACGACUUCCAAUCCAAUCUCUCCUGACGAUUUAGCUGCUCUGGUAGACGACGACUAGACUUGCAUGCAAAGAAGAGAGUAUAUAGCUUAGUGUCAUCAUCAAAAGAUGAGUGGGGUCCUGGCAACAUCAAGGUCGGAAUUGGAGCUGGAUCGACCCAACCUGGAAGACUAUCUCCCCACUGGAUCCAUCCAUGAGCCUCUCGGCAAGCUUUGCCUACGCGAUUUGCUGGAUAUUUCGCCCACUCUCACUGAGGCUGCAGGUGCCAUUGUUGAUGAUUCAUUCACCAGAUGCUUCAAGUCCAACCCUCCUGAACCUUGGAACUGGAAUAUUUAUUUGUUUCCUUUGUGGUGUUUGGGAGUUGUAGUCAGAUAUGGACUUCUUUUCCCAUUGAGGGCUAUUGUUUUGACAGUAGGAUGGAUAAUAUUCUUGUCGUGCUAUAUUCCGGUGCAUUUCCUCCUCAAGGGCCAUGAUAGACUAAGGAAAAAAUUGGAGCGAGUUCUGGUAGAGUUGAUAUGCAGCUUCUUUGUUGCAUCAUGGACUGGUGUGGUCAAAUACCAUGGUCCACGGCCUAGUAUCCGUCCUAAACAGGUUUUUGUGGCAAAUCACACAUCUAUGAUUGAUUUCAUCGUUUUAGAACAGAUGACUGCCUUUGCAGUCAUCAUGCAGAAGCAUCCUGGAUGGGUUGGUAAGACUUUACUUUCUUCAUUUGCCAAUUGCAUUUACUGUGGUUUGUUAUCCAAAGAAAUAUAUGGUGUAGGGGAUGGGAUUGGUGUUUUCAGAUUGCCAACCUAGCUUUAGAUGAGUUUGGGCUAGAAUCUUGAUAUUAUUAUUAUGGAACAAGUAAACAUUUAAAUAAUUCAUACUUUAUACUCCAUAGUAUUUAAAUGUAGAUAUAGAACUUCCUUUCUUAAUAUUCGCAUUUUGCAGUGUUUCUCAUGUCAUGUGACUGAUUUCUGGCUCUUAUUCUAUGCUGUAUAUGGCAAUUUAAGAUGCCUUUUUUUUUUUUGCUUCAAACUAAAAGACCUUUUGGUCUAGUUAAAAGAUAAGGAAGAAUAUUGGCAACAUUAUGAUAUAAUCCGGAAAAACUUACAAGUUCAAUUGCAAAGAUGGAACAAAGGUGUUCAAAUGUGUAGUGUGGCUACAGUUUUGUGGAGAACUGGAGAUCCAAACUCUAGAUUUGGGUUUUUUUUUGAGUGAGACCCCAUAACUCACUGAACUCAUUGAAUUUCUUUCAUGAAUUAUUCCUCAGCCAAACUCCCUCGCAGGGACUAGGUAGUAUAAUGAUAGCAUAUGAAGUACAAUACAAUACUAGUAGUACACUACUAAAUAAAUAAGUCCUAAAUUUAUACAACUAAAAUCACCAAUAAAAUUAGCUAUGAUAAUCUGCCAAAGCAUAGAGUUUAAUUCCAAAUUAGUCAGGCCCCAUGGUUCUUUUGACACCGGUUUUGGGUAUCAUAUUAAGACACGGGGGCAUUAUGGUGCUCAAUGGGCCUCCAAAAUGGUUCCUACUUUCUACCCCCAUGUUGCUCUUCAACCCCCUAACAUUUUGGUGUUUCCAUGGGGGCUGGGGGGGUAUCAGGGGGGUUUCUGUGUUGGGUAGGAACUCAGUGGUUCCAACGAAACACUGUAGGGCCCUCAAAUGACUGGAGUCAUAACAUGACACCCAAGGUGGGUUUCAAAAGAACCUAGCACAUCUUAUACUACUCCUAAGUACGCACAACCUUCAUUGUUUCUUGAUGCUCUUUCCAUACUGGUUUGCAGCCACAAACAAAUAACAUCACAAGCCUUGUUAUAAUCUUUGCCUGCAUUUCUCCAAAGUAAUUAAUGAAAGAGAAGUUAAAAUAUAGAUGAGACUUUCUGCAUAAUAUGCCAUCCUUGAUGCUUUUGUUGUGGGUGGCCCGUAGUAUUUACUGAAUAACAAGGUGCCUUCAUUCUGUUUUUUAAAGGUUUAUUGCAGAGCACAAUUUUAGAAAGUGUAGGUUGUAUUUGGUUCAAUCGUUCAGAGGCCAAAGAUCGUGAAAUUGUUGCGAAGAAGCUAAGGGAACAUGUUGAAGGGGCCGACAAUAACCCUCUCCUUAUAUUCCCAGAAGGAACUUGUGUGAAUAACCACUACAGUGUCAUGUUUAAAAAAGGUGCAUUUGAGCUCGGAUGCACAGUUUGCCCGGUUGCAAUCAAGUACAACAAAAUUUUUGUUGAUGCUUUCUGGAAUAGUAAAAAGCAGUCUUUCACAACGCACCUGCUGCAACUCAUGACAUCAUGGGCUGUUGUUUGUGACGUUUGGUACUUGGAACCUCAAAACUUAAAGCCGGGUGAGACACCAAUUGAGUUUGCAGAGAGGGUGAGGGAUAUAAUUUCUGUUAGAGCAGGCAUCAAGAAGGUUCCUUGGGAUGGAUAUUUGAAAUAUUCUCGCCCCAAUCCAAAGCACCGCGAGAGGAAGCAACAGUGUUUUGCAGAUUCGAUACUCUGCCGAUUGGAAGAGAAGUAGAGAGGGUGUUUGUGAUUGAUUUCGAAAACGGUUCUCAACUUUUGUCCUUGGAGAAAGGCAGUUUGGGAGUGUGAUGAUUUUCAACUUUUUGCAGACAGCGGAACAGAUCAAAAAGUCGAGAAGCAGCUCCGAGAUGUUUUUAGAUUCUGUUGUCCAAAUAAAAUCACUUUUCAAAAAAAAAACACAAAAAAAAAACACACCCAAAGUCCCUUCUCCUAUAUUUUGUGAAAAACAACACGAGGGGUAAUAAAUUUCCUUGUUUGAUUGGUAGGAUUGAAGUGGUUUUGAGGACACAAAUUUUGUUGUUUGGUUAACCAUGGAACUGAACUGAUGAGGGUAUACUAAACUGCAUAUCAUAAUGUCCCUUUAUUCUUCAUCCAUGGGUCUCUAAUAUUU